GAUUGGUCGUUGCCUAAUUGCUAUUUAACUGUUUGCCUGUGAGGCUACGUCACGUUUAAACGAAGAGCAUCUAUUAUCUGAUGAUGUCUCGCAAACAGAAGAGAGAGUUCGGUCUUUUCUUAUUUCUGUUCAUAGUCAAUCAUUUAUUAUCGAGUUCAGAACAAACGUCUGAUAACUCAAUCGCCGACACCUGGGAAAGAAGCAGUGACGACGAGGGCAACGGUCUCAUGGAUAAACGGCUCGUCCGUCUGAGCAAAACUAAACCUCCAAGUGUGGGCGGCCAUCAGCUUCACUCUGCUGUACUACCGGGGGAGAGACUUCCGAACUUUAUUUUGCCAAAAGUGAAGGAGGCCGAGAGAAACGUUGUGUCGUCAAGUUUGUCCUGGUCUGUUGGGAACGUCAGAACCAACACAAAUGCCUCAGCUUCUGCCAAAAAAGACGGCUAUCAAUCGGAUUUUGCAGAGUUUCACGGGUUCAAGGGAAGAGUUGUGGCUCCACUAUUAACUCCACAAUUCUCAGAAUUGCUGGAAAUGAGGCCGUUGGUGUGGUGUGAUGAGGAGGUCAUGACCUUCACUGCUUCAGGACAGGGACUGACUCACCUGUUGGUAGACAGAGGGGCAGCACCGCCCAUCUCUCUGUCCCAGCUGCCUCCGUACUGUGGUUACACCGUGAGGAUGUCAACAAGUGACCUGGAGGUCACGGUGCCUUAUGAUGCAUGUUACAUCACACUGGAGAAUGACAGCUAUGUGCUGCCACUGUUGUGGUGGGCCAACCCUCUGAGACUGUCCUGUCCUGUGCAGCUGCCAUCCUCGGCUCUCCCUCCCUCCCACUUUCUCCCCUCUGUCUUCUGCUCCCACUACGGCAUGGUAGUUCAAAUCCAUGGGCAGGAACAGGAUAUAGCCAAGCUGGGAGUCACAGACUGGGGUCCGUUUGUAUCUGAAGACUGUGCAUAUCUCGCCCACCUGAGACAGAACGAGUUCACUUUCUUCAUACCCUUCAAAGAUUCCUGUAUCAUUAAUUCAGAGGGACCACAUCUUCAGAUGGUUUUGGAUGAGCAGGGAUUUUUUCUCUCCUGUCCUGUCGGCCCUUACUUUCCUGACCUCCCAGGUUCUGCGAGCCCUGCACCCUCUACCUAUCCUCCAACCCCUCCUCAACCUCCUCCCAGUCCUUACUCUCCUCAAACACCGACUAAGGAGCAGAUUCUUCAGCUUCCAUACAACCCUUAUGACCCGUACCCAGGGCUUCCUCAGGCCUACCCCCCUGGCCCACAACAUGUUAAACCUACUGAUCCACCUUCAGGCCAUGCUCCUGGGUCACAGCAGCUGCAGCAGGAGUCUCUCUACAGGUUACUUUACGCUCCAGGAGAGCAGCACAUUUCUCCUUCUCUUCCUGAUCCUGAAUCCAUAUUCAUAUUUGACCCAACUCCUGGUCCAGGACAGGACAGUGGUUCCCAAAAAUUCUCACACUUCCUUACAUUUUACCAGCCUCACACUGCAGACUUUCCUUAUCUAACAGAAUCUGGUCCUGAGCUGCAGCCACCUUCUCCCUAUCUCUACCAUCCAUUCUACUAUAAUUUUUACCAUACAUACUACCCUCCACCCUACCCUCCUGGGCUGCAGUACCCUGAAGUAACACCAAUGACCACGGUACAGCCCGUCACCACCCUCCCCACCACUGCUGCUACACCUUCUACUGCCCCAACGUGUACAACAGCACCUACUGAAACUCCUCUCAAGACACAGAUGCCUCAUUACCAGUGUCAGAAGGAGAGGGUGGUGGUUUUCCUACCCCAUGCUCAUCUGGACUCCAUCCAGGUUCAAGAUGAACUGAAGACAUGGCAGUUUCUCUUCAACGUGUCAACACUGUGUGGCUACAUGCUGAUGCCUCAGACCUUUGGGGUUUUUCUUUACGCUCCCCUGCCUGCCUGCCACAGUCAGUACCAGACUCCAACUACAAUUUCUUUACCUCUGAGGUUUUGGGACCUUUCCAUGGCGCAGUAUCGUACUCUGGAGCUGGUCUGUCCCUAUGACAGUGGCCCUGAAACUCCAGCGCCAGAUCUUCUACCAACACCCCUAACCCCACCCACCACCACUGACUCUGCUGACCCUAGGCCUCAAAUCAUCUGCUCCUCCCAUCAAAUGUCGGUAAAGAUCCCAUCUGGGCCAAUCUCUGGAAUUCUUCUUAAAGACCUCAAAGGAAACCAGAUUAAGCUCCAGGAUGCUCCAAAGCAUUGUGGGUACUUUGCAAGCCAAGGCACAAAUGGCCAAAUUCAUCUUAGUCUCGACCUGCAGUCUGGCUGCCACAUGGGUGUGCAGGGUAAAAUGUACAUAAUCUCUAUUGUCUAUGUGACAAAACAUGGGAGGAGGGAGACUCGGUUGUCUUGUCCUGUUGUCCAUUCGUCUCCCAUCAAAGUUUGCAACAUCCCCGGCAAACAGCGUCUCCCCUGUGGACCUUCAUUUGUGUCCCGGACACAGUGCCUCUCCAUGGGCUGCUGUUACAGUAAGCAAACCCGCACCUGCUUCUACCCCAUGGAUGAGUGCACUAUUGACCAUCACUUUGUCUUCACUGUGCCUGCCUCAAUCACUGAGCCUCCUCUUUCUCCUGCGCUGCUGGUUGCUGCCAGCAACUCCACCUGCAAACCCCAGAGAGUGACUCCUGACUACGCCUUGUUUAAAAUCCCAAUGGAUGGCUGCGGGGCCCGCAGAGUGGUCGUGGGGAAAAUGGUGAUCUACCUAGUGGAGAUCGUCAGCAAUGUUCAAGGUAUCAGCUUCAACUACGGCACCAUUACAAGAGAUUCUCCUGUCAGGUUUUUGGUGGAGUGCAGAUAUCAACCAGACUCUGUUAUGCCUGUGAGCUACCUUGUGAAAACUCCAAGCUUUGGUGCUGGAGUUCAGCCAAAGGAAAUGUUUGGGGUCCAACUCAGGAUCGCAAAAGAUGCUCAGUACAGCAGCUAUUACCCUCAGUAUCACCAGCCCCUGCAGAUGCUCCUGGGGAAACCCCUCUACCUUGAGGUGCGGAUUCUUAAUCCCCCUGAUCCCAGUUUGGUGCUGCUGGUGCACUUCUGCGUGGCCUACCCUAGGUCUGGGAAGUCUAUCUGGAUAUUGCUUUACAAUGGAUGUCCCAACCCUUUAGAUCCACCCCCACAUCAGGUGGUCCUGUCACCUGUUCCUAGUCGUCAGACCCGUCGCUUUACCAUUAGCACGUUCCAGUUCCUUGAUGACGGUGUGCUCAAGGAUACGAAUGAGGAGAUCUAUUUCAUGUGCUCAACUGAAGUGUGUUCACCAAGCGACGGACCUUGUGUUGAAGGAUGCUUUGGCCAGUGAGGUUACAACAUGGAAAAUGCUUGGAGUCUGAGACAAAGAUGUUUCUGGUGGUAAUAUGGUGUGGAGUUCAUGUUAAAAUACAAUGGUGUCGGCCAUCGUCAUCGUGUCUGUUCACUAACUUUUUUUUUUAACUCCACCAAUAAAAGCCAUUUAAGAACAUUCACGGUGUGUGUGUGUGUGUGUGUGUGUGAGAGAGAGCGAGACCGUGUUUUCAUAAGCCUGCAGCCAUUUGGUUUUUAUUGCAGGAAGUGGCACUCCAUCGAAACAGGGAGGUAGCAUUGUUUACUUGAACACUGGGCUCUGCUGCUGACUGAGACUCAGAUCUUCGUUGUUGUUGUACAUGAGAGAAAUGGGUUUACAGAAAAUAGAGUUGACGGUGGAGCAAAACUACUGGAGCAUUUAAUGUAAGGCUGCUCCUAAUGGUUACACUCAUCAUUUAUUCAUCUUGUUUUAUUUUGAUUUCUGUCUCUUGGUCCAUAAGAUGGUGGAACACGUCAGUAUGUCGCACACGAAGCAUUUAUGGUUUUGUGCAGAUGUACAAACUCGAAUAACCACAUGUUCAAAUUUGUGAAGGAAAUCAUAGGAACUAAAUAGGACAUGAAUCCCCAAAUACUCUGAACUGAUCCAAUAUGGCGCCUAGAUGGAAGUCACUUAAAUAACUUGAUAGCUCUGGAAUUGGUGGAAAUCACAGCUCCAAGAUGGAUCCAGUCAAAACCCCGUCUCGUUAUUACAUUUAAACCAUUAAAAAUGUUAGUCUGGGGUUAAACCAGACCUGCUCUGCAUCGGUGCAGACAAGGUUUUUUCUUUUAAAUAUCGUCUCCAAUCUGGACCCAAACCUCAUCCUUUUUUUGGAGCAGGGACACAAACAGUAAUUUACUUUCACUUCAGAAUGUACACAACUCUACUUUGAAUUUUAAAGGGAGACCUGGCAAGAACAGAACAAUAACAGAUUUUAAAAAUACAUUUGGGAAAUAUGCAAG